AUGGUGUCAAGAGUAGAGCUGCCCAAAGGAGGAUUUAGCUUUGAAAAUUAUCAAAGAAAUCUUGCUUUAGAAAAAAAAGGUCUCACUUUGCCCAAACCAUUAAAAACUGGUACUACAAUUGCUGGCUUGAUUUUCAAGGAUGGAGUUGUCCUUGGAGCCGACACACGUGCAACAAAUGGAACAAUUAUAGCAGAUAAAAACUGUACCAAAAUUCAUUAUGUUUCUCCAAACAUUUAUUGUUGCGGUGCUGGUACAGCUGCUGACACCGCGUUUGCCACCGAUUUGAUAAGUUCUCAAAUGGAAUUACAUCGUUUAACAACUGGAAGACAAUCUAGAAUAGUUACUGCUAUGACUAUGUUGAAACAGAUGCUUUUUAGACAUCAAGGUCAUAUUGGUGCCGCAUUGAUACUUGGUGGUGUUGAUGUAAUGGGUUCUCAAUUAUUUACUAUAUAUCCACAUGGAAGUACAGACAAACUACCAUAUGUAACAAUGGGCAGUGGUUCAUUGGCUGCAAUGUCAAUUUUUGAAAGCAGAUGGAAAAAGGAUUUGGAGAGGCAAGAUGCAAUCACUCUUGUUAGUGAUGCUAUUGAAGCUGGUAUAUUUAAUGAUUUAGGUUCUGGAUCAAGUAUUGAUAUAACAGUCAUUGAAAAAGAUAAUAAAGUAGAAGUAUUUCGGCAUUAUGCAAGUCCAAAUCAACGUCCACCAAAAGAACAGAGUUAUAAAUUUAAACAUGGCACUACAGAUGUUAAUACUACAGAAAAUGUUGACGCUAUGGAUAUUUCAUAA